GCGCGUGUCAAUCAUGGCUGGACAAUAUGCUCUCCGCACAGGCAUGUACAACCACGGAAUUACAUAAGUACAUCACCUGGGCUGAUCUCACGGCGGCAUGGAAGAAGCGUUUCCAAGUGGAACCGUCGGAACACCAGGCGAUGGACAAGUUGUUGACGUUCACGCAACACAACAUGCCAAGCGGCGACUGGAUAUCUGAGUUCCAACGCCUGGCAAGCACUCCCAAGCUGCCGCUGAAUUUCGACGACAUCAAGCUCUAUUUCAUCAAGAGGUCGUGCCCGGCGUUGCAGAAUGCGUUGACUCAUGUCGCCGACACCCUCACUACAAGCGAGGAACUUUUCAACAAGGCCGCGCAGAUCAUCGUGACGAAUUUGGCAGCCCGGAAUACGGGCCCCUCGUCAAGUGCCGGCCAGGGCGCGAAUCAGCAUCGGCCGAAAGUGGCCGUGGUUGCAGUGGCAACAACUAGCGACCCUUCAACUUCACACGAGGCUGCUACGUCUGACGAGGGAGACAGCACACCCUACGUCGAUCAAGUUGGCGGACGGAAGAACGCAAAACUCCUUGAUCGCUACAUCGAAGCCGUCCUGGUUUAUUUCGCACCUCAUGCAUGCGAACUGGUGACGUUUGACGUCUUGGACACGAACUUCGACAUCAUUCUUGGCAUGCCUUGGCUUGCAAAUGCGGAUCACACGGUCAACUUCCAUCGGCGGACACUUACGGUUCRCGACGCGUUUGGCGCCGAAGUACCAUGUACCAUUCCUCUCCCGCACCCUUCGAUACGGUGCCAAGUUGUAACAGCCAAAUCUUUUCGGGCCACCUGCACUUACGAGCGGACUGAAGAGAUGGGCUUAUGUUUUCUUCGAAUCGUCGCGGUACCCGACUCUCAACCCACGAACUUGUGUUCAGACCCCCAGGUGGUGCGGUUGCUCGAUGAAUUCGCCGACGUCUUCGAGUCACCUACCGGCGUGGUGCCGGAUCGGCCGAUCUCGCACGAGAUCAUUCUCGAGGCCGGUGUCGUGCCACCGAAAGGUUGCAUCUAUCGCUUGAGCGAGGAGGAACUUACAGUACUCCGCGCGCACCUCGACGACUUGUUGGACAAAGGCUGGAUCCGGACUAGCAGCUCACCCUAUGGUGUGCCGGUUCUCUUCGUUCGGAAGAAGAACAAGGACCUUCGCCUAUGCAUCGACUACCUCAAGCUCAAUGCGCAAACCGUCAAGAACGCGGGAUCGCUUCCUCGUAUUGGCGACCUUCUGGAGCGCUUGGGCGGCGCAAUUUUUUUUUCCAAACUGGAUUUGAAGUUGGGAUAUCAUCAGAUAUCGAUUCGGUCGCAAGAUCGCUACAAGACCACAUUCAAGACACGGUACGGGCACUUCGAGUGGGUCAUCAUGCCUUUUGGACUCACCAAUGCCCCGGUGACUUUUCAAGCGGCGAUGACCAACGAGUUCCGUGCAGUGUUGGACUGGUUCGUGCUGGUCUACUUGGACGACAUCCUCGUCUAUAGCCGGACCUUGGAGGAACAUCUUGAUCAUCUUCGACGAGUGUUGGAGACACUCCGGCAUGCCAAGUUCAAAGCCAACCACGACAAGUGCGAAUUCGUACGCCAAGAGUUGGAAUACUUGGGCCAUUUCGUCACUCCACAAGGCAUUAGUCCCUUGUCGGACAAGAUUCAAGCCGUCCAAGAUUGGCCGGAACCGCGGAACGUCACGGAUGUUCGAUCAUUCCUUGGCCUUGUCGGCUACUACCAACGUUUCAUCAAAGGGUACUCGAAGAUCGUGGCCCCCUUAACCAAGCUUCAAUGCGAGGAUCGAUCGUUUGACUUCGGAACGGAUGCGCGGGGAUCAUUCUUGGCCCUCAAGGCCGCAUUGCUCUCCGCGGAGAUAUUGCGGAUAUACGACUCGCUAUUGCCAACGCGUGUCACUACGAACGCGUCCGGCUAUGGCAUUGGUGCCGUCCUCGAACAACAUGACAGCGUGGAUUGGCACCCGUUCCGAUGGGUAACAGACAACAAUCCGUUGGUCUUCUACAAGUCUCAAGACACCGUCAACAGCACCAUCGCCCGUUGGAAGGCCUUCAUCGACCAAUUCGACUUCUUUCCCGAUCACAUUUCGGGGAAGUCGAACCGUUUUGCGGAUGCCAUUUUGCGGUGUCCGGACCACUGCACCGCGGUCUACUCAACCUUCGAGAUCGAGGACGACUUGCGGGACAGCUUCAUCCGCGGCUAUCAAGCCGACCCCGAGUUUCGCGACAAGUACGCGAAUUGUUCCUCUCCCAAUCCGGCGCCUUCGCACUAUCGGAUCGAAGAGGGAUACUUGCUUCUUCACUCGUGGGGGAAGGAUCUCCUUUGUGUGCCGCAAGAUUCACAUUUGCGCACCCGGCUUCUUGGCGAGUUCCACGACGCCCCCGCCACCGGACACUUUGGAGUCAAUCGCAUGAUUGGCCGACUACGGGAGUGCUUUUGGUGGCCCGGUCUCCUUGACAACGUCACGGGCUAUUGCGAGUCAUGCGAAGUUUGCCGACGUUGCACAUCUCGCAAUCAUCGUCCGUAUGGCGAACUGCGACCAUUACCGGUCCCCGUGCGCCGAAGGGAAGCAAUUGCCAUGCAUAUCACCGGGCCAUUCCCCAAGCACAAGACGGGCGUCGAUGGGAUUCUCACGGUGGUUGACCGCCUCACCAAGUUUGCCAUGUUCUUGCCUUGCCGCUAUCACGCCAAGGCACCGGAGUUGGCCGAGCAAGCAGUGGAUAACAUGCAUAAAACACAGGCGGCAAUGCUAGAAUCUGAUAACAAGCACCGCCGCCCUACGUUUCAGGUUGGCAAUAGAGCGGUGAUGGAGGAUUGGAAGGUGUCGAGUGUGUGGAGGAUGGCGGAGAGGUCGGAGGUGGCGGUGUUUGCUGGUGGUUGUUCGCCUGUGAGGUUGCGGGCGAUGCUAUCGACCGAGUCGGUGCGGAUGUUAGACGUAUUGAUGGAGGAUGCGGUCAUGUCGGGGGAAGAGAGGGUGGAGGACGCGGCCGAAAUGGAUGUGGAGGAUGCCGCAGCAGCGGUGGCGGCGGCAGCAGCGGCGCGUUGGGAGUUCUUGCUUUGGCGUGGUGGCAUGUGGAGAUGGGGGGCACAAUUCCUAUUUACAAGAAUAGAGCGUCAUCAAGUUGAAUUCGAAGUGUUCGGAGAGUCGCGAGUCGUGGUACUCGCCGAGGAGGUGAGUCCGGAGGCAACGGUCUUGUGGGACUCAAUAUUGGAGCCAUACAUUCGUUAUUUGUCGAAGCAGCAGCUCAGUAUUGUGCAUGAUGCUCUGAAGUUAGCAUUUGACGCUCAUGAUGGGCAGAAGAGGAAAAGUGGAGAGCCCUAUAUCAUUCAUCCUGUGGCUGUGGCACAGAUACUGGGUGGAUUGGAUAGAGAGGAGUUGGCGGAUAUGCUUAAGGUGGGACUCCAAGGUGGGGCUAUAGACAAGGAUAUCAUCGAGGUAAACGAUGACACAAGCUUCGAGGAAGUCGCGGAAGAUGUGGUUCAUGGUGGAUUGGAAUGUGGUGCGGGCGUUGGUGAGUCCGAAGGGCAUCACGAGGAACUCGUAGUGCUCAAAGCGGGAACGGAAUGCAGUCUUAUGGGUGUCUUGCUCGCGGAUGGGGAUCUUGUGGAAACCACUACAGAGGUCAAUUUUGGUUUUGUCGGCUGGGUGACUAUGGUGGGGGUAGUGGUAGAUGCGGGUGGGGGUGUGGAUGACGUGCUGUCGGAGAGGGCAGUGCAUAUGGGGGAUAGGGUGAUUGGUGUAGAUGUGAAGGCGGAGGAUGGGGGAAGGGUGGUCAUGCGAGCAGAGAUGGUGGAAACGGAUGUUUUGACGUCGUCAAUGGAUGAUUGGAGGGAUGUCAUCAUGCGAAAAAGUGCCGCGAGGUCGAUGGCGGCAUCGGUUGCUGGUGUUUGCUCGCCUACGAGGUUGCGGGCGAUGCUGUUGAUGAAGUCGGUGCGGAUGUCGGACGUAUCAAUGCUGGAUGACUGGGCCAUGGCGGGGGAGGAAGUGGUGGCCACGGCGGAUGAGGUGGCAGCAGCGGCGAUGUCAGCCGCUGUGCGUUGAGAGUUCCUGGUUGAACGUGGCACGCCAGAGGGGGGGGGGGUUGUCCUAUUCAAGUAAUUUAACAAUGAAGGUAAUUAAAAAAAAAAAAUUGCAAAACAAGAAUCAAUUUUGAAUAAAUUA